AUGGCAACUGCUGCAGUGAAUAUUGCCAGUGUCGCUACGGAAAGGCUUGUUUCAUCUGAGAGCUCCAAGAAUGCGGUUCGCCCUUCGCAGGGUACUGCCGCUCCUUCGAAUGGUAUCAACGGCGCAUCGGACGAUCAAGCAAACGGGGUCAAAGGAGUCGAUUUGAUCCCUGAUACGCUGGUCCCAACCUCAUUGCCAUUGUCCGAAUCAACUGCCGACAUCGCCGAAAAGCCUGCAGAGCCCCAGGACAACAUCGAUCGUGAACCAAAGGAGAAUGACAAGACUAUCCUUGAUUAUUUUGAUGCCUACCGUGAUGACUUGCCUCAUGGCGUGUCUGUGAGUAUCAUAGAGGCAUUCUACAAGUUGGUCUUGUCAGAAGAGGCCCGGAUGCCCCUGCAUCGGAGGAUCAGGAAUUUCAAGAAUCUAUCUUUCGUUUUCCAUGCAUAUCUUCGACUUAUGGAAGAUCGGAUCUCGGCUCUUGAGGGCCGCAAGGGCUUGAACGAACCUGAAGAAGAAGAAGAAGAGAAGCAAGUCCUUGUACCUAAGGCCAUCACCUCGUUACGAAGAGUCAAGUGGUCCGAGUUCAAGAGAAAGCACGAGGAAAAGAGAAACAUCAACGAUGAGCAUGCCAUAGACGUCCUAGUCGGCGAUCCCGUCAUCCCCCACGAUGUAUGGAGAAAUGCGCAACUUCGAAAGAAUCCACUCUGUUCUAUCGAGAGGCGUCGUCAAUCCACGACCUUCCAACUCUUUGAUGGCAUUCAGGAUAUGCCCGAAUUUGCCGGCCCAACGGAUACGAAGGCACCUGGUAUCAAGACGCAUGAAUUUUUCGGUCAUGUUUCUCCCCCUAUACCUCACCGUAUCCGCAUCAACGGAGAACCGCUCAAACAGCUUCUUGAGAAAUCCCUCGAUGUGGAUUUCAUUUCCUAUGGUUGUCCGGUUGUUCUGCUGAGGCCCUUCAAGUUACUUGUGCACUAUGACGACCGCAUCAGGCAUAUCCAUCGACAGCUUGAACGCAAGUUCUGUGAUGGGAAAGACGGCGAAGAGAAAUUACUUUCAAGAGAUGAAGAAAACACGGAUUUUCUAGAUCAGUACGGCACUGAGCAGGCGUAUAAAGAACUGGGCUGCCUGAUUGAGUUCAUGGACCACGACUUGAAGUCUCUGACACAAUUGAGGGACGUUACUAGGAACAAAGUCAGCUUCCCAGACCUUUGGCACAUAUUUUUUCCAGGACGUGAAGUGGUUACUUCACAAGAGCCGAUGAAUGCGUACAGAGUCUUUCACGUCACCGGCGGUCGACCAUAUCUCUCACCUCCCGAAGAUGAUAAGGAUGGUAAGGUUGCCGACUACACCACGGCAUACCGGGUGCCUGACAAAGAGAGCGACUUGGUGGUGACUUGUUACCAAGUAGACUUUGACGGUCAAAGAUUCGGUCCCGUCUCUCAUUCAUUCAGGAUUCAAAAAUUCGACGAUCUUCGAGACAUAACAACCCUCACCAUCUAUCCUCUGGACUUUGCCAAGAGACAGGAAAAAGUUCAGAAGAAGCUCAAGCUCAACGGCCAAUUAUUUUGCAGAGUAUGUCAAGGCAGCCAUGUACAAUACCGCGGCAUGAACCUGCACGAGGCCGAGGAGAUUGACAGCGAGGUGGUUGUGGACUUUCAGGCGGCUUUAUGGGAUCCCCAGAACAAGGACCAGAACAGCGGAUGGGACCACUCCGUUGAAUUUGGUAUCAAACCAACAAGCAGCAAUCAGGCUGAAGUCGUCAUGAUCUCGUAUGCCGGCUGUCGAAGUAAGCACUGCUGCGACAACGAAGUCAUCUUUGAUGAUUCGAUCAUCGACCUCCGACGUAUGGAAGACUUUCUCGCGGAGAAGGCCUGGCUCACUACAGAUCCUCGCUAUCUUCAUGGAAAUCCUGAUAGCAUACCUAAAGCAGACCUGUUUCUAUUUCCGCACAGGCUCUUCGCCUUUGUGCUUAAGGACCGUAAAUGGGCCGUUAUCGACAUUAACAACGUGAAGGAUGUGCCCGAUCCAGAACAGGAUGCGUGGAAUUCCCUUGUACUUCCGGAGGGUCACAAGCAUAUGGUGCAUUCCGUUGUCCAAGCACAUUUUCGUGACAAGAAAAACGUGCGUUCCGAGGAUGAGAUCCAAACAGACCUCAUUCGCGGCAAAGGCAAGGGUCUCGUUAUCCUCCUCCACGGCGCACCUGGAACCGGAAAGACAUCAACCGCAGAAUGCGUUGCUGAAAUAUGCAAGCGGCCUCUAUAUCCAAUCACCUGCGGAGAUCUUGGCACUACGGCAGUGGAAGUUGAGGGUCGACUAAAGCGUAUCUUUAUCCAAGCUCAGAAAUGGAAAUGCGUCCUUCUUCUUGAUGAGGCCGAUGUCUUCCUUAGUGAGAGAGGCAACGAUGUAAAGCACAACAGCCUUGUAUCAGUAUUUCUACGGAUAUUAGAAUACUAUCAAGGCAUUCUUUUCCUCACAACCAAUCGCGUUGGAAAGAUGGACGAGGCUUUUCGAUCUCGCGUCCAUGUCAGCCUAUAUUACCCCCCCUUGAACGAACAAUCGACGCUUGAUAUCUUCGAAACGAAUCUACAGCGCAUCAAGACACGCAAGGGGGAAUUACUGAAGAUCAAAGAGGAGGAUAUCAGGAAGUUUGCGAAAGCUCACUACAGAGACCUGGAGCCACACAUCAGGUGGAAUGGCAGACAGAUCCGCAACGCAUUCCACAUUGCUGUCGCUCUGGCCGAGAAUGAGGUGACAGGCAUGGCGAGCAAUGGGGAACGUAAGAAGACCCCUACUCUGCGGAAAAAGCACUUUCGCUUAGUGGAGGAUGCAUCAACGAAAUUUGAUGAGUACCUUACGGACGUGAUUGGAGUGGAACUCUCUGAGAGAGCUCGUACCAAAGGCUAUCGACGAGAUACUUGGGAAGAAGAGAGCUAUAGUCGCGCACGUGGUGGAAGCCACAGGGGUCAGAACAAAAGGGCAAAGAGGAAGAGUGUUGAAGAGUCGGAGGACUCCACGUCUGAUGAUUCUGAUAGUUUGGAAGAUGAGGAGCAUAGGAAAGCGAGUGAUGCGAACGAGACGGACAGUUCAAGUGAGACCGGAGAUGAAUCGAGGGCCUCGGAAGAUGAGAAGAGGAAGUCUCGCAGAGAGCAAGGAAGUACUGAGAAGAAACGAUCGAGUGGAAGGGUUAGAGAUUCAGGAGCCAAGGAACGAUCAAAGAAGUCGGCUCGAUAG